AUAACAAAGAAACUACGAAUUCAUUUACCUCUUCUAAUCAGUUGUAUUUAAAAAGGCAGACUAAUGAAAUGUAUUGCACUUAUUAAAAAAAUAAAGAAAGAAAUAUUAAUAAUAAAUUAAUAAUAAUGAUAAUAAUAAUACCAUAAAAAGGAAGCAACCCACUCAUACACUUGAUUCUCACUCUCCACCAUCCUUCCAAUUCCUAAAAGCUCAACCAACGGCCAAGAUUCCCUCCUCAUUUCUUGCUCUUAUUAGUAUUUUCCACUCCAUACUCCUUUUAUCCUCCCUCACUCCCUCCCCUUCUACUCCUCCCUCCAUCCUCCCUCCCUCCCGAGAUCGACGACGACAUCGACUUGUCAACGACAACCAAGAUGUUAUUGGGUAAGAGAGCUCGUCGCCACCCUAUGAAGAGAACCACCAGUAUGACGGAGUUCUCUUACGACGAUCUCUCCAUCAUCCAUCCUCAUCCUCAUCCUCCUCCACCAUCCUCGUCAUCCGAUCAACCCCGUGACGGGGUUGAUCAUCCUUAUAACACUCAACACCUUCAUAAAGUUAUGGGUUUUGUUUCUCCUAGAGGGAUCCAUAGGCGUAACUCUGCUGAUUUCGCUCUCCAAUCUUCCAACUCUCCUACUAACAAUACCUUCCUUAGAACUUGCUGCCUUUGUAGCCGCCGCCUCGCUCCCGGCCGUGAUAUCUACAUGUAUAGAGGAGAUAGUGCAUUUUGCAGUUUAGAGUGCCGGCAACAGCAAAUGACACAAGAUGAGAGGAAAGAGAAAUGCACUCCUAAAGAAUCCAAUUCUUCUUCAUCUCACCCUACACCUGUCUCUUCUUCCAAAUCCGAGAAAAUCGCUGCGUUGUAAGGGAUAUUUACCACAAAACGACGAGUUUUGUAUUUUUUUUUUUUCUUUCCUUUUUUUUCCUCUCCCAUUUACAAGAAUAUAAGUAUAUUAAAAAAAAAUUGGAAGUUUUAUGCUUGAUAUUUUAUGGAGGUGAGCGUGAGGGAUGGAUCGAGUGGUUAGAGAUUUUCUCUUGUUGGUCUCAUGUGAUUCUGAGAUCGAUACUCAUCAUCCGUUCUUAUAGUCUCUAAACACCAAAAAAAAAAAAAAAUAUAAUGAGAGGUGGGCAAAAUUGGAAUUUCGACGGUAUCUGAAUUGUGACCGUGGCUAAUCAAUCAUCUUGUAUUUGUAAUGCAAGCUUGUAAAGAUUUACUAGCUGUUACUAUGUAUGAUGAAAGGUUUUGAAUAUAAUGGUAGGUUUGGAA